GACAUUUUAAUGUUUUUUUUCGCAUCUAAGAAUAUUUCUUUACGCAUAUUUUACCGUUACGUUAUUUACCCCCAGCUUUUUGACUCGACCAAGGUGAAGAGAUGGCGAAGCGAGUGUCGGCCGUGGCGCAUGGCGCGCUGCAGCGACUGCCGUAUGUGCGCACGGCAUCGGAGAUCCAGGAGAUGAAGUUCUGGCGGGCACCUGUGCGCGAGAGCAACCGCAUCGUAGACCCCAUCAAGCGCGCUAAAAACCACACAUCGCGCCUGAUCAACAUGCAGCUAGGAAAACUCUCGAGUAUCACGCGCCAGGCCUCACUGGACUUCCCGGCGCUCAGGCGUAUGCACGCGUUCGAGCGAGAGGUGGUGGUGCUAACGCUGGGCCAAGGCACGUACGAGAAACACAUUCAGAAGCUGCGCAAAGUGUACGCGAUGUUGCACAAUACGGGCAAGCAGUAUGAGCGCGAGUGUCAAGAGCUGCGCACCAAGCAGGAGGCGGUCGACUGCGGAUUGCGCUGUGUAGAGGAGCUCAGGAAAAUUGUGGAUGUUAAUGCUGGCACACUACGGGAGGCGGCGAACAUGGCCAAGGUGCUUCGUGGACUUCCUCAUGUGGACCUGGACAAGCCCAUUUUUGCCUUCGUAGGAGCACCGAACGUUGGAAAGUCCUCUUUAGUUCGUGCACUGUCUACUGCAUCUCCAGAGGUGGCAAAUUACCCGUUCACAACGCGUGGCAUCACGAUGGGCCACAUUUUCGAGGAAGGGAUUUCAUAUCAGAUUGCUGACACCCCCGGACUGAUCUUCCGUCCUGACGAGACCCGAAAUGCCAUCGAAAAAUUGGCAAUUGCGAUGAUGGAGAAGACGCAAUCUUCGAUUGGCUUUGUGUUCGACCCCACGGGCUCAUCUGGUACCCCGACAGCCGACCAGAUUCUACUUCGGGAUGAACUUCGCCACCGAGUGACGGCAGCUCGUCCUGAGCACAAGUGGAUCGACAUCAUCUCGAAAAUUGACCAGCCGUCGCACGAUUUAGCGUCGCUGAAAGACAGGUGCGUGCAAGACGGCCCUCAUACCUUCAGUUUCCGUUUGGAGUUUUCAUUUUUUUUUCAUACUUUGAUACAGGUUGGGAGCGUGUUUUUCUGUUUCAGCGCAGACAAACGAGGGCCUGGUGGAGCUGGGAGACGGAAUUCGUCAAGUUUUGACCGAGUCCGCGUGCGAAGACGGCUUCUUGGAGUCGAAGUAACAUGAAAUACCAUUUUUGCUACUGUUCGCAUGCGUUAAGACUUGCUGGG